CCUAUUUCCGGUUUGUGAUCCAAACACUUCUCUGUUCUGAGCCGAAACAACUGUAGCUAGACUGAUCGAUAGACAACAACCAUCAUGGGUGAAAUGGCAGAACUCACGGAUAAAUUCAGCUCAUUCACAAUGACUCAAUUAAACGAGUUGCUUGAAGACGAUGAAAAACUAAAUGAUAUUGUCAAAGAAAUGGACGAGAUGCGUGAGGUGCAGCAGGUGAAGGAGCUGACCCUAGGCAGUAACAUCAGCCUGGCUGAACAGAACCUCCAGGUGCAGCCAAGACUGGACCUGCAGAAGAACCAGCUCACCUCACGCUACCGCCACCUACAGGAGCUCUACGACAACUACCAGCUACGCAAGUCCACACUCGACCCUGGUUCAGAGAACAGUUCUCUGGACAUUCUGCUGGCUCUGCUGCAAGCUGAGGGAGCAAAGAUAGAGGAAGAGACUGAGAACAUGGCAGACUCGUUCCUGGAUGGAGAGCUGCCUCUCGACUGCUUUAUCGACGACUACCAGCGGAGGCGCCAUCUUGCUCACCUGCGCCGCGUCAAGAUUGACAAACUCCGAGAGCUGGCGCUGAAGGGUCUCACUCGGCCCCCCCAGAUCCCCUCCCAGCCCAGCCGACCCCAGGACCUCCCCUCUACCAAUGGGGCCCCCUCCCCCCAAUCCACGCGAGCUGCCCCUUCUCCCUCCCCUCAGCACAGCGGCCUACCCUAUCCAGUCGCCCCCUAUCCCCCAAUGCCUUUCCCCAGCUGCCCUUACAUGCCCCAGCCCUACCUUCAAACCCCCCAGCAACACCCCAUCUCGCCCUCUCCACACCUGCCCCCCAGGACUGGCUUCAUCAUGCAGUGAGGCGGUGUCCAUCCGCAUAGAAACGCCAUGGAUGACCUUACCUACCGUUUGACCUGUGACUGUGGCACACUGGAGGGAUGACCCAAUGAGGGUUGGUGACCUAACCAAUUAUAGCCCCUCUGUCAGUAACACUGAGGGAAACCUCCUCUGACCAGCUUCUCAGAGAGGCUCUCACAGACGGACUCUGUCCAGUGACUACAGCCUGGACGGUACAUUAGGGGUUGGUUCUCUUUCAGUUUUAUUCCAAGACUAACUUUCUGAUUUAAUCUUCUGAACACAUAGCUAAACCUAACCAUCUGUCUGACUGGUAGAUAUGCUGUGUAUAUCAGCUAUGGUAACUUGCAGUAUGGAUGAGUUUUUGUAAGCUAAAGGGUGUGGGUUACAUGUGUGCGCACACACAGAGGUUGGUAUAACAUAGUUAGCUCAAAAGUUCCUAUUCCUCUAAAGGAAGGAGUCCUGUAUUGUCAAAUAGAGCUGGUCCAUCAACAAUGAACUGAACUACGCAUCUAAUAGUACAUUUUCAUUUCAAAAUGUACUGCAUGGCAUCGUAAAUAUUUUUAAAAUCGACUAAUUGAGUCUUGCUUUCAUAUUCAUUGUUGGUAGGUUCUUUCCAGCUGGUUGGAUGUGAAGUGCUUAUAAAGACUAGGGAUGUACCGUGUUAAGGAGAUGGACAUGAAGCUUACGACACACUUGGCAUAAGAGGAAUUGAUAAUUAUGUAACAUUUUUAGAGCAAUAACCAUGCAGCUUGUCCAGGGUAGGGAGUGUUAGUAUGCCUAAGUAGUUCUGUUUCCCUGAUGGGCUGUGUGCUCACCAGCCAGGCUACAGCACUAUUGGACUAGUAUCAGUGAUUGAUCCUAUUCAAUUAUUUUAAUAACUAAUUCUAUGCACUACACCUAGUGGGGAAGAGAUUACAGCUAGCUGUAUCUCUACAGUGGGUUAUCCCGAGUUGCACUUACAGAAAAGCUCACGUCAAGUAAAGAAAGCAUAUGGGGGUUCAAAUAUGAAAUGUGUAAAGGUAUUUUUUGAAAGCACCCCCCUCCCAUAUGGUACACCUGUUUUAUACUCCAUUAGAAACUAAUGUAAUGCUAGACUAGCAGACUUGCUCACUUUCCAUAAUAAUCAAUAAACUUUUAUAAUUGA